AUGGCAGCUAGCGACCUCAAUGACACGCCCAUGGGCAACACAUCACUGGCAUCCUCCAUCGGCGCUGCCUCCAAGACCAAGACUGCCAAGGAGAGCAAGACGCGGGAGCUGUACAGCAGCACGAUCGGCCGCCCCCCGUUUGCCUAUGCCCAGAUCGAGGUCGUGCAGAACCAUCAGAGCCAAGCAUCACAGGGGCCGCUUGAUGCGCUGCAGGUGCGCUCAUACUGCGAUGCGGCCCUCAAGCAGUUCCUGGGAGCUGCGGGUGCGGCCAUGCCGCUCGAUCUGCUGAAGCUCGAGGGGAGCGAGUUCUGGGUGCGGCUGCCGCGCGAGGACAUGGGACUCUUUGCGGCGGCCCUUGCGGCCUGGAGCAGCGUGUCUCGAGAGGGUACGGCCACGGCACUGCGUCUGAGAGCCUCCGGCAACUGGCUAGGCAGUCUGAUCGGACGAAGCCAACAACAGGCUCUGUGGAACGGCGUUGCCACAUGA